AAUAAACUAUUCCAAUAAUAAAACUAACUGGUCUCCAAAUAACAGGCAUAAGUUCUUAGCCAAAAACGUAAAAUAUUUAACAACUUAUUCCAUAAAACAAAAUAAUCUUCUAAUUGAGUUAUAAUUAGAUCUUGCCAAUUUAUUCCAACGAUCUCUCAAUCUCCAUGCAAAUUCCAAUGCUCAUACUUCUUCACCUGAAAUGAGAUGAGUUUUGAAAAAAUUUGUGAGUUUAAGAACUCACUAUAGGGUUUUUUAGAGUAGUGAUGAUGCAAUUUUGUAUUUUGAUUGGGUGAUUAUGGUGGAUGGAUGUCAACGGGGCCCUGCGGUGCCGGGGACCCCUUCCCCAUCCCCGUCCCCGCAAAUCACGGGGACGGGGAUCCCCGCGGGGAUUUUUGACAGGGGGCAGAUUUUGCCCCCCGUCCCCAUUCCCCACCAAUUAACAUUAAAUAGCCCCGGCAACAGUAGCAAAAUAGAUGGCUUAGGCUGUUCGGCGGCGGCAACAACAGCAGCAGGCUCCGGUGGCGGUAGCAGCAGCAGCAGAUGGGUCCAACAGCAACAACAGAUGGGUUCGGCAGCAGCAGAUGGCUCCUGUAGCAGCAACAAAGCAGAUGGCUUUGGUUGUUCAGUGGCAGUAGCAGUAGCAGAUGGGUCUGGUGGUGGCAGCCAGCAGCAGCAGCAGAGCAGAUGGCUUUGGCUGAACAGCAGCAGCAGCGGAUGGGUUCGGUGGUGGCAACAACAUAUGGUCCGACAGCAACAGCAGAUGGCUCCGGUGGCAGCAAUAGCAACAGCAGGGAAACUGAAGGUGAGAUGGACGUAAGAGAUGUGUGAAGCUGCAGUUAAAGAAAUUGAGUGAUGAGAA